UUAUCUGCCCUUCUCUACUGUCUGUGCGCACCCUGAGCCUAAGAGACGUCCACAACCUGAGUUUGCAUGCUUUCAAGCUCGUUUUUGGGACCAUGGUGUCCUAAAGUAGAUUUACCUUCAAUAACCAUUUAUUAAAUCUCCCUCCAUUAAAGUCGGACGCUUCCAAGAGCCGGGUGCAUUAAGCCUGAUUAUAGUGUGUCAGUCGGAGGAAACGGGGUCUAUGUGUCAAGCUCGUCAUCGAAUGAUUUUAUCCCUCACCGACGUCUAUUCUGUCAGUUAAGAGACAGUGAGCUGAGAGAGAGAGAGAGCGAGAGAUAGCUAGAGAGGGAGAGAGAGAAAGAAGAGAUGAUCCUGCAACUGUGAUAGGUGCUCUAGCUGUGAUAGUGAUACAGUGUGGCUGUGAAAGGGCAUAAGCCUUUUCAUAUGUAUGGCAUAGGCAUGAGUGUAUGAAGAACAAGCUGCAAUUAAAGAGAUGGAGAGGGGAGGAAGGAAAACAGGAGGUUCCUUCAAACAGGCCUCCAUCAAUCGCACCAGUUCUGGCUCUCAGAAGGGCCAGAAAGCUUGGAUUGAAAGGACCUUUCAGAAAAGAGAAUGCAUCCACAUUUUUCCAUCUAAGGAUCCAACUCGGUGUGCCUGUGGUAAUUUGGUGGCUCAGCAUGUGGCAAUUCCAUCUGGCGCUGUCACCAACAAGCCUGCAGUGGACAACCUGCUGGUGCAGGUGGACCCUCCUCAAGAGAAGUGGUCUGUGGCCAAGCACACACAGGCUUUCCCCACCGAUGCUUAUGGCACCAUCGAGUUCCAGGGAGGAGGAUUCAUCAACAAGGCCAUGUAUAUCAGGGUGUCUUAUGACACUAAGCCAGACAACUUGUUGCACCUCAUGGUGAAAGACUGGCACCUGGAGCUACCUACAUUACUCAUAUCUGUUCAUGGAGGCCUCCAGAACUUUGACCUGCAACCAAAACUCAAGCAGGUGUUUGGAAAAGGCUUGAUAAAGGCUGCAGUGACUACCGGAGCCUGGAUCUUCACUGCUGGAAUUAACACAGGGGUAAUGCGUCAUGUUGGAGAUGCAUUGAAAGACCACUCCUCUAAAUCCAGAGGCAAGGUCUGUGCCAUAGGGAUUGCUCCAUGGGGAAUCCUAGAAAGCAAGGAAGAUCUCCUGGGAAGAGAUGUGACCAAACCUUACCAGGCAAUGUCCAAUCCUCUAAGCAAGCUGGCUGUGCUCAGCAGCAGUCACUCUCACUUCAUCCUGUGCGAUAACGGCACAUGUGGUAAAUACGGGGCGGAGGUCAAACUGCGCAGGCAGCUGGAGAAGCACAUCUCUCUGCAGAAGAUUAACACUCGUUUAGGUCAGGGAGUGCCACUCUUGUGUCUGAUCGUGGAAGGAGGUCCGAACAUGAUCACUGUGGUACUGGAGAGCUUGCGCGAGGAGCCUCCCGUGCCUGUGGUGGUGUGUGAUGGCAGUGGCCGUGCCUCAGACAUCAUCUCCUUUGCCCACAAACACUCACAGAAGGGAGGGUAA